AUGUUCACGAAUGAACCUGCGUCAACCAUAUUUCCUAAGAUUAUGCCUUCUACAUUGACGACCACAGUGCAGGCUUCCUCACGGCUUGACCUCCCCAAGCAAGCAGCAGCAAGCUAUGAUGGCGACCGAUUCUUUUGGUCAUAUACAGAGGAACCACAUAGGACACGGAGACAAGCAAUCAUUAAAGCACAUCCAGGAGUAAUCAAGCUCUGCGGGCCAGAACCUCUGACUAAAUACUUCGUGCUCGCCGUCGUCGCAUUGCAAAUCACAUGUGCUGUAUACCUGCGUAACACCCCAGUCCUUUCUCUGAAAUAUGUCCUCGCAGUCUACGUCAUUGGUGCAACAGCAAAUCAAAACCUCUUCCUAGCCAUCCAUGAAAUCUCUCAUAACCUGGCUUUCAAAGCCCCCUUGGCAAACAGAUUGUUUGCUGUCUUUGCGAACCUUCCCAUCGGAGUCCCUUAUAGUGCGGCUUUCAGACCCUAUCAUCUAACUCACCACAAAUCCCUAGGCGUCGAUGGCCUGGACACCGACCUACCUACAUCCCUAGAGGCCUUCUUCCUUGACUCCGUUCUGGGGAAGGCCUUUUUUUGCACCUUCCAAAUUCUCUUCUACGCAUUACGUCCGAUGAUGGUCUACCACUUACCAUUGACCCGGAUCCACCUCUUCAACAUCGUCGCUCAAUUAUCCUUCGAUUACCUUCUCUUGCGGUACGCAGGUGGCCGAGCCUUGGCAUACUUGAUCAUGAGCUCUUUUUUGGCCGGCUCGUUGCAUCCUUGUGCAGGCCAUUUCAUCGCCGAGCAUUAUGUGUUCGACCCACAACCUAAAAGCGCAAAAGAAGCCAACGACCUCGUGCCUGUUCCAGAGACCUUCUCGUAUUACGGACCAUUGAACAUGCUUACCUACAACGUGGGUUUGCACAACGAGCACCACGAUUUCCCAGCGAUACCCUGGACACGUUUGCCGGCAUUGCACGAGAUGGCCAAGGACUAUUAUGCGGGACUGCCGCAUCACAAAAGUUGGACAUGGGUGAUUUGGCACUUCAUUUGGGACAAGGAGGUGGGCUUGUGGUGCAGGGUAAAGAGGAAUGAAGGGGGCAGGAAGGUUGGCGGCUGGAGAGAAGACGAGUUGGGAUCUAAUGAGCGGAAGGGAGCUGGAAUCCCAGGGGUCAAAUGA